CCCCCCCAGGUGCGUUACCCCGACCGCAUCACGCUGAUCCGGGGCAACCACGAGAGCCGGCAGAUCACGCAGGUCUACGGCUUCUACGACGAGUGCCUGCGCAAGUACGGCUCCGUCACCGUCUGGCGCUACUGCACCGAGAUCUUCGACUACCUCAGCCUCUCCGCCAUCAUCGACGGCAAGAUCUUCUGCGUGCACGGCGGCCUCUCGCCCUCCAUCCAGACCCUGGACCAGAUCCGCACCAUCGACCGCAAGCAGGAGGUGCCCCACGACGGCCCCAUGUGCGACCUGCUCUGGUCCGACCCCGAAGGUGGGCCCCGCACACGCGUGUCCUCGCGUGUCCUCGCGUGUCGGGACGUGGCGCGGCCUCCCCUGGGGUCCCGCGAGGCGUGGAGGGGCGUGGGGGCGGCCG